AUGGAUACAAAUAUUAGAAAUAAUGAAGAACAACAACAAUUAAUUCCAAUGUAUCCGUUAUCAAAAGAAAAGAACUCGAAAGAUGACGAUGAUAAUAUUAUUACAUUAUGUGAAACAAAUGGCAACACUGAAAAACAUAUGACAACAGAAACUAAACAACCAAUAUUAAUUCUACGUAUUUAUACAUGGUUAGUUAAAAACUUAAGAUCAAUACAUCUACCACAUUUGUCUGAUAAAAAUUUACGUAUUGUAUUUCUUAUAUUUAUAAUAUUAAUUGGUUUAACUAGUUUUACCAUAGCACUGAUUGUUGGAUCAAGUAUAGUACAAUUUAAACAACAAUGUCCAUUAUAUGCAUCAUUUAAAUUUCAAACAUUUGUCAAUAGUCAUGCAAAUUGGACAAUUAAAAUAAUACCAUUAACAGAAAAAUUUAGUUCACAAUCAACAUGUGAUUUUUGUACAUUUUACAAUGUUUUUACAUUUAUCUAUUGUAUUAUGACAGGAUUCUUUUUUAUUCUAUUCAAUGGUGAUCAUAGUAUAGUUACAACAAAUGAUCAAUGUUUGAUCAUACCAUGGUUUCCUAUAUCUAUUAUUCUCGGUUUUUUCUCCUUAAUAAAUGCAUCUAUAUUAACAAAUGGUUUUCUUAAAUUUUGUACAACGAUGACAUCAAAUGAUAAUCAUAUUAAUACAUGUACUCAACUAAAUAAUUUAUAUUUCGAACAAUAUCCCAAUGUCUCAUCUUUUUUUAUGUAUAUGUUACUAGCUAUAAUAUCUUCAUGGUUUCAAUUAGCAUUUUUUAUUGGUAUUAUUACAAUUCUUACUAUUCGUCUUGGUUCAUCAUUUGAUCGAAGUAAUAAUGACGAUAAUAAAUUAAACGGAAAGCCGAAUAAUAAUCUUCUACAAUCUAUGGAACAAACAUAG